AUGCGCCGGCCGCGCCGCCCCGCCGCCGGGCUCCGGCCCCUGCUGCUGCUGCUUCCCGUCGCCGCGCUCCUCUACGCCGCCGCCCUCUCCCUCCGCUACCCCGGCCGCCCCCUCGGCCCCACCACCGUCUCCGUCGCCCUCACCGCCGCCGAGGCCACCCACGCCGAGAGGACGCGGCAACGGCUCCCCUCCCCGCUCCUCCGCCUGGACGUCUCCCGGAUCGACGUCCGCGCGCUCGACGCCGCCGCGCCGCUCCACGCGGCGGCCGCCCGGGCGUUCCGCGAGGGCGCGCGCCUCCUCCGCGACGCCCUCUCCGCCCCCGCCUCGUCCUCCGCGGCGACGCCCUCCCCGUCCCCCGCGCCGCCGCGGUGCCCGCCCUCCGUCGCGCGGGCCGGCGACGCGCCCCGCGCCCUCGCCCUGCCGUGCGGGCUGGCGCUGGGCUCCCACGUCACGGUGGUGGGCAGGCCGCGGCGGGUGCCCGGAGGCGGCCUGGCGCAGUUCGCGGUGGAGCUGCGGGGCGCGGGGGACGGGGACGCCGCCACCACCAUCCUCCACCUCAACCCGCGCCUCCGGGGCGACUGGAGCGGCCGCCCCGUCGUCGAGCUCAACACCCGCUUCCGCGGCCAGUGGGGCCCCGCGCUCCGCUGCGAGGGCUGGCGCCGCUCCGACGAGGACACCGUUGAUGGAUUGGUAACAUGUGAGCAAUGGACCUGGAACACUGGUGGCACACUUGAGGAGUUGAAGAGUAUGUUGCUGCGUAACCGUGUUGCUGGACAGAGCAGCAGUGGUUUCAUAGAUUGGCCUUAUCCUUUUGUGGAGGGUGAAUUGUUUGCUCUAACAAUAAGCUCCGGUUUGGAAGGUUACCAUGUUCAAGUUGAUGGGAGGCAUGUCGCGUCUUUUCCUUAUCGCAUUGGCUUUGAUCUCGAGGAUGUCGCUACCGUGCAAGCAAAUGGUGAUAUCGAGGUUGAAUCAAUGUUUGCUGGUACAUUACCCGCGGUCCAUCCUAACAUUAUGGAAAGAAAUCUGGAGUUGCUGGCCGAACUGAAAGCCCCUCCUCCUGAAGAACCUGUGGAGCUGUUCAUAGGCAUUCUUUCAGCAGGAAGCCACUUCACCGAGCGCAUGGCUGUGAGGAGAUCAUGGAUGUCUGCAGUACGAAAUUCAUCCAGUACUAUGGCUCGGUUUUUUGUCGCCUUGAAUGGAAGAAGGGAAGUUAAUGAAGAUUUGAAGAAAGAAGCGGAUUUCUUCGGGGACAUUAUCAUUGUGCCCUUUGUGGAUAGCUACGACCUGGUUGUUCUUAAGACUGUUGCCAUCUGCGAGUAUGCGGCUCGUGUUGUUUCUGCGAAGUACGUCAUGAAGUGCGAUGAUGAUACAUUCGUUAGACUUGAUUCAGUUAUGGCUGAAAUAAAAAAAGUCCCAGAUGGUAAAAGCUUCUAUAUGGGGAACAUGAACUACUACCACAGACCACUCCGAGAAGGAAAAUGGGCCGUCUCAUAUGAGGAGUGGCCCAGGGACACGUACCCGACUUACGCGGACGGCGCUGGCUACAUUGUUUCUUCCGACAUCGCGGGCUUCGUCGCGUCGGAGAUGGAGAAGGGCCGGCUGAAUCUGUUCAAGAUGGAGGACGUGAGCGUGGGCAUGUGGGUGGGGCAGCUCGACGCCGGCGGCGUGGAGUACGUCCACGGCGCGCGGUUCUGCCAGGCGGGCUGCGCCGACGACUACCUCACGGCGCACUACCAGUCGCCGGGGCAGAUGCUGUGCCUCUGGGAGAACCUACGGCAAGGCAGGCCGCAGUGCUGCAACGCCAGAUGA